AUUUGGGCGGCUUUUCUUGUCCCUCCUCUGUCCCCUCCCUUCUUCUUCCCUUUGCCUCAACUCUGCUCCCAUUUCUACCGACAAUCCCCAUCCAUAAUCCCCCAUUUUCCUCUUCUCCCUUUUCUUUAUUUCCUUCUUAUCUAUAUAACUCCUCUCCCAAUUACAUCUCCCACUCAAAUAUUCAAACAAACAACAACCCCUUUUCUCUUCUUCUUCUUCUUUACCAAACCAUUCAAAGAAAAAAAAAACAGAGGAAAAUGGAAUCCAAGGUUGCGUUUCAGAACGAUCUGAAUCUCGAAGCCACCGAGCUUCGUCUUGGACUACCUGGAAUCGUUACUGAAAGAGAUGAUCCAGCGGAGAAUUCAUCUGGGGUUAUUAAACCUAAUAACAAAAGGAAUUUUCACAAGGACUCUGCUCCUCCCCCAAAGGCUCAGGUUGUUGGGUGGCCACCGAUUAGAUCUUUUAGGAAAAAUACUCUUCAGGUGAAGAAAACAGAGGCCACGAUGGCGGCGGCGGACGGCGGAGGGAUUUAUGUGAAAGUGAGUAUGGAUGGUGCUCCUUAUUUGAGGAAGAUUGAUUUGAGUCUUUAUAAAGGCUACCCUGAACUUCUUAAGGCCUUGGAGGACAUGUUCAAGUUCACCAUCGGUCAAUACUCUGAGAGGGAAGGUUAUAAGGGAUCUGAGUUUGCUCCAACUUAUGAAGAUAAAGAUGGUGAUUGGAUGCUCGUGGGUGAUGUUCCAUGGCAAAUGUUUAUUUCAUCUUGUAAGAGGAUGAGAAUCAUGAAAGGAUCAGAAGUUGGGGGACUCAGCUGUGGCGUGUGAGAAAAUUGCUUUGAAAGAAAGAAGGA